CCCAAGUUGUCUUCCAGUGCACAAGCGGUUCUUCAGUCUUCGGCCCCAGAACCUCCUUUCAAUCAAGUUUAGUUACUUUAACCAUGGUCAAGUCGGACGUGUACAGCUCCCCCAUCGUCUUCUCCCAGCUGGACCUGCGGGUAGGCAAGAUCACCGAGGUGAAGGCGCACCCGAACUCGGAGCGCCACUACAUUGAGAAGGUGGACAUCGGCAAGGGUGAGGAGCUCGAGAUGGUCAUGGAACAUCAGCCGUACUUCGCGGAGGAGGAGCUGGUAGACCGCAAGGUUGUGGUGCUAUGCAACCUCAAGAUGGUCAAGGUGGUGCGCACACGCUCCACGGGCGCCAUCCUGCUGGUGGCCAACGACAAGGGCAAGGUCGAACUACUGGACCCAAGCCCAGAGGCUGAGAUUGGCGAGCGUGUGUACGCUAGCGGCGAGGAGGUGCAGGAGCCCGUGACUCCCAUCCAGAUGAAGAAGAACAAGGUAUGGGAGACUCUGUGCAAGGACAUUAAGACCAACAACAAGUGCGAGGUCAUGUACCUGGACCGAUACCCGGUGCGUUCACGGGCGGGUCCCGUGCGUGUCGAGUCGCUCAAGAAGGUGCUCGUAACCAAGUAAGAGCGACGAUUGGCUCGUGUAUCCCCGUCUAGUAGUAUGUACGUUGAAAGCUGGCGAACGACCACAAGCGUGGAAGCGAGCUGAAGUUCGGAAAGCAAGCAAGCAACCGCCCGCCUGCAAAAAGGAAGGGUCCGUUCUGUCGCGAUCUUUCCAAGAAAAGUGAAAAACCGAAAAUAUAUCUACGAGUUGCUUGUGUU